AUGAUGAAUUUUCUUGCAUUGAUCUCUGCAUUUGGGAUAAUAGCCAUAGCCCAUUUGUUACACCAUGGAUUUACAGAAGCCACUCCAACAUUUAUGUACUUGUCAGAACCCAAAGGAACUGUUCAAACCAUCAAGACUUUAAACGGAGAUAUUAUCGAUUGUGUUAAUAUCUACAAACAAAUAAGUUUCGACAAUCCAUUGAUUAAGAGCUCGCAACUCGAUCUUAACUUGGAGCAGAUGAAAAGGGAUAACUAUAUCCCCAAGAAUGUCCAGGACUGGCAUAUAUAUGGAGAAUGCCCAUUUCAAACAGUCCCCAUUCUAAGAUCCCGUAGACGUCAAACUUCCUCGUUUCAUUCACUUCCAGCCAUCAAAAAUGUUGAAAUUCAGAAUCAUAAGCAUGCAAUGGUAUCGAAUAAAAAAGGAAACUACUAUGGAGGUUCUGCAAUAUUCAGUGUUUCGAACCCUCGAACUGAGGAAGGUGAUUUCAGUUUAGUGCAACUUAUGCUUGCAACUGAUCAUGGCACACCGAAAUCAAACUCUAUUGAAGCCGGUUGGAUAGUCCAUCCCCACAUGUAUGGAGACAAUAAAACAAGGUUUUUCAUAUAUUGGACAUACGAUAACCUAGUUUAUGCGGCAAUGCAGAAUAAUGGCUAUAACGGUACAGGAUGUUAUAAUCUCAUAUGCCCUGGCUUCGUGCAAACAAGCCAAACAUUUUCCAUCGGCGCGCCCCUACCGAUAAAUUCCAAAUUGGACAAUAUAAUAUUGACCGAGAUACAAAUUUCUGUCUAUAAGGCAGUCACAGGUGACUGGUGGCUCAAAGUGAACAAUGAAACGAUAGGAUAUUGGCAACAUGAUCUUUUCAGCAAUUUAGGUGCAAACGCCAAUCAAAUUUUAUGGGGCGGAGAUGUCUACUCAAAACCUUCACGUCGUGGGUUCCACACGACUACUCAGAUGGGCAUGGGGGCAUUUCCUAAAUAUAACAAUAUAGCUAGUCAUGUCCGCAAUCUUCAAGUCAUGAAGGAGACAAACGAAUGGAAGACUCCUUCUCAUUGGUCUCUUAAAGAAAUGAUAUCAAACUCUAAUUGUUAUGACUUAAAAUUUCCAAGUAUUUUUGUAAGGAAAGAGAAUUGGAGGGUUUAUUUUUAUUACGGAGGUUAUGGAUAUUCCGACAAAUGUCCAUAUUAA